AGUGCACGCCACUGGUACCAUCUCCCUUCUCCCUCGACCCUUCUUGCACGUUGCCUAUGGCUCAAGGAACGAAACGCGCGUCGCCAGGCGCUGACGUCGAGAAGAACCCACUCGCCGACGUCGAGCUCAACGAUGAGCAGGCUGCGAAGUUGCAGGCUGUUACGAAGGAGAUGUCACGCGUCGAGUUGCUGUUAGAACGAAGGGCGCAGGAGAAGCUCAGGCCUGUCUACGAAAAGCGCCGCGAGAUAUGCAAGAACAUCAGCAAGUUCUGGCCCGUCGCGUUAUUGAACCACCAGAUGUUCGCGCUGCACGCGCAACACCAGACGGAUCAGGUUGCGUUGAGUUACCUGGAAGAUCUGUGGAUCGAGAGGGAUCCCAAGGAGCCGAGGGUUUUCACGGUUGAAUUCUACUUCAAGGAGAACCCUUACUUCUCGAACUCCGUGCUGAAAAAGGAGUACAAGUACAUUCCUCCUCCCUCUGCCGCGAAUGAGGUGCCGGACGAGGACGGCAUCACGGACUCCGUGCUCGACUUUUCCUGGGAACGCGAUGUCGAGGCUGUGGCAUUCAAGAUCGAUUGGAAAGACGAUUCGAAGAACCUCACGAAGCUCUACCCGCGUGAGACGACAGAUCCCGACGAUGACAUGCCUUCCGAAGGUGGCAGCUUCUUCAAUUACUUCGAGUCCGCCGAGGAUCCAUACGACUUGGGCGUCCUGAUUGCGAACGAAGUCUUCCCGGAGGCCAUCGACUACUUCUUGGGCAACAUGAGCGGCGGCGACCUGGAUGACUCGGAGGAUGAAGACAGUGGUGACUCCGACGAGGACGAGAUCGACUUGGAGAAGCCCAAGCCCAAAAAGCCAAAGACUGCGUAAAGGCUAGACUUUUUCUAUCCUUCCCUUUCUCUUCAUACCAGGUCCGCACAGCGAGCCGCGCAAAAUGUAUAUUUGGAUAUUGUUUGUCUUUUUAUCACUCAUUCUCUUUCCGUAGCAUGUAUCCACAGUUGUCAUGUCGUUAGUGUAGGAGGGAUAUCACUUACUAUGGUUUGUCCGAACAACGGUUAUUCCCCUGCUUGCACGCCAGACCAAGGAGGAAAGUCC